AUGGAUGUGGACAGUGCGUCUAAUAUAAGAGGAUCUAGGAUCGGGGUUGUAAUGAUAUCUCCCGAAUGGUUACGAUUGGAAAAAUCACUAAGAUUGGGUUUCUAUGCUUCAAACAACAAAGUUGAGUAUGGAGCUCUCAUUGCUAGUCUCAGGGUGGUUCAAAAGCUUAGUGUUGAGGAAGUUGAGGUAUUCUCUGACUCAAAAUUGGUGGUAAGUCAAAUUGAGGGGAGCUUUGAGACAAAGGAUGCCCAUAUGCAGCAGUACUUAAAGUUGUUUAGGGCCUUACAAGCGACUUUUCAAAAAGUAAGUAUGGUCAAGAUACCGAGAAGUCAAAAUAGUCAUGUUGAUUCAUUGGCUACUUUGGCUUCAUCGUCAGGGAAGAGGCAAAGCUCUGACUCCAAUAACUUCGAAGACUCUCCAAGUAGAAGAGAAUUCGAUGGAUCUAAAAGAAAUUCAAGUUUUCCAGUAUUUGACCUAAGGACCAUCAUUGCAGCCACAGAUAACUUCUCUGCUGCUAAUGAGCUUGGCAAAGGUGGUUUUGGCUCGGUUUAUAAGGGUUUGCUACAAAACAGAAUGGAAAUAGCAAUAAAAAGACUAUCAAAAUACUCAGGACAAGGAGUGGAAGAGUUCAAAAAUGAAGUUGCACUUAUUGCUAAACUCCAACAUAGGAACCUCGUGAGAAUCUUAGGUUGUUGCAUUCAAGGAGAAGAGAAGAUGUUAGUCUAUGAGUACUUGCCUAAUAAAAGCUUAGACUCUUUUAUUUUUGAUGAAACAAAAAGGUUAUGUUUAGAUUGGGGAAAGCGAUUUGAGAUUAUUUGUGGAAUUGCUAGAGGGAUAUUAUAUCUUCAUCAAGACUCAAGAUUAAGAAUUAUCCAUAGAGAUUUAAAGGCCAGCAAUAUUCUACUCGACAAUACUUUGAAUCCAAAAAUUUCAGAUUUUGGUAUGGCUAGAAUUGUUGGAGGUGACCAAAUUGAAGUGAAUACAAAUCGCGUUGUUGGAACAUAUGGUUAUAUGUCACCAGAGUAUGCAAUGCAAGGAGUAUUUUCAAUAAAGUCUGAUGUAUAUAGCUUCGGAGUGUUACUAUUAGAGAUAAUUGCUGGUAAAAAGAAUGGUACUUGUUACCAUGAUGGUCUCUCCCCAUAUUUGAUUGAACAUGUUUGGGACCUAUGGAGAGAAGGAAAAGCCAUGGAAAUUGUGGAUGCAUCACUAGGUGAGACAUACCCUGCUAAUGAAGUUUUGAGAUGCAUUCAAAUUGGGCUUUUAUGCGUGCAAGAACAUGCAAGAGAUCGGCCAACCAUGUUAACAAUUGUUUUCAUGUUGGGUAAUGACACACCUCUUCCUUCUCCAAAACAACCAGCAUUUAUUUCAACAAGUACUAACAAUAUUAGAGACAUGUUAACUUCUAUAAAUGAAGUAUCAAUUUCUGAAAUUGAUGGUCGCUAA